AUGGAGACGCCGCUCCUCUACGGCGGUGGCGGCGAGGAUGGAGACUACGCGCCAGUAAGUAGCUUCCGGGAGGCGAAGACGGUGUUCUGGAUAGAGACUGCACGGAUGUGGAAGAUCGCCGCCCCGAUUGCUUUCAACAUUCUCUGCCAGUACGGGACCAACUCGUUCACUAACAUCUUUGUUGGGCACAUCGGCGAUGUCGAGCUCUCUGCCGUCGCAAUCUCUCUAUCCGUCAUCGGUACCUUCUCCUUCGGCUUCAUGCUUGGGAUGGGAAGUGCAGUCGAGACGCUUUGCGGUCAAGCCUUUGGUGCAGGGCAGGUUUACUUGCUUGGGAUUUAUAUGCAGAGAUCAUGGAUAAUCCUUUCGGUCACAUGUAUCGCCUUUCUACCUGUUUAUAUAUACGCCACUCCCAUCCUAAAAAUCCUGGGCCAACAGGAUGAGAUAGCUGAUCUAGCUGGAGAAUUCACGCUCCAAAUAAUUCCUCAACUGUUCUCGCUUGCCAUCAAUUUCCCCACGCAGAAGUUCCUUCAAGCCCAGAGCAAGGUCAGUGCGCUCGCCUGGAUUGGGUUCAUAGCUCUGAUCACACACAUUGGACUGCUUUGGCUCUUCAUUAGUGUAUUCAAAUGGGGCACUGCCGGUGCAGCCGUUGCAUAUGACAUUACGAGCUGGGGAAUUACAGUGGCUCAGGUCCUUUAUGUCUUCUGGUUUUGCAAAGAUGGCUGGAAUGGGCCAUCGUGGUCUGCGUUUAGGGACAUAUGGGCAUUUGUGAGGCUCUCCCUUGCCUCGGCAGUGAUGCUCUGCGUGGAGAUAUGGUAUAUGAUGAGUAUGAUCAUCCUGACUGGGCAUCUUGAUAAUGCUGUGAUCGCGGUUGGCUCCCUUUCUAUAUGCAUGAACUUUAAUGGGUGGGAAGCUAUGUUGUUCAUCGGAAUAAAUGCUGCUAUCAGUGUUCGUGUUUCUAAUGAGCUGGGGCUGGGACAUCCGAGAGCGGCCAAAUACUGUGUCUAUGUGACGGUAUUUCAGUCUCUUCUAAUCGGACUUCUCUGCAUGGCUGCUAUUUUGCUAACAAGAGACCAUUUCUCCAUCAUUUUCACAAGCAGUAAGAGAUUACAAGAGGCAGUGUCUCACCUAGCAUAUCUGCUUGCGGUGACUAUGGUCUUAAAUAGCGUCCAGCCGGUCAUAUCAGGUGUUGCCGUCGGGGGUGGAUGGCAAGCAUUAGUUGCCUAUAUAAACCUGGGCUGUUAUUAUCUUUUUGGGCUUCCUCUUGGAUUUUUUCUCGGUUACACUGCAGAAUUAGGCGUGAUGGGUCUCUGGGGCGGCAUGAUCUGUGGAACUGCCUUGCAAACCUUGUUGCUUUUGUUGGUGCUCUACAAAACGAACUGGAAGAAGGAAGUAGAACAAACGACGGAGCGCAUGAGAAAGUGGGGCGGGCAAGACAUGAUGCCGAAGCUAGCCCGGGAUCUCAUGCAACAGCAAACGCCAUCAGCAUAGCGAAGCAUCCGCACCGCUACGACGGAUCAAAGGGCCAAUCUUCCCCGGGUUACUCCGAUCUCACCAAGUACUCUUCGCCCCUCGGGAGCGCGCAUAGGAAGAAAAAUAAAGCAAAGCAACAAAAAACGAGAAGCAAGGAGGAAGAACCAAA